AUGUCUACUGUGAAGGAGAUGCAGGAGCUACUGGAACUUGGAACUCAGAUGGGAUUCAAGGAUGAGGCUCUACAAAAUUUUGUGAAGGAAGAACAAUCAAGACUUCGUGAUGAACGAGAACGACAAAGAGAAGAAAGACAAUCGAAGGAGGAACGUGAAUAUCAGUUGCAGAUAGAGAAGGAAAGAACAGACAGAGGACGCGAGGAACGUGAACAUAUGCGGCUCUUUGCUGAAUCGGAACACAAACGCAAGAUGGAAGAAAUGGAACUUGAUCAUAAAUUUCAACUACUAGCAGCUGAAAGGUCUCACAAAGUGUUGGAUUCAUCAUCACAUGGUACGGAAAUGCAUCAACCAAUUAAAGGACCAAAACUUCCUGCGUUCGAUGAUUCAAAGGAUAAUAUUGACGCUUACAUCCAACGUUUUGAGAUUUAUGCGACAUCACAGAAAUGGCGUAGAGAUAACUGGGGAGCUCAUCUUAGUGCCUUACUCAAAGGAAAAGCUCUGGAUGUGUUUUCAAGACUUCCUCCAGAAUCCGCCUUAGAUUUUGAUGAACUGAAGAAGGCUCUUCUUAAACGUUUUGAUAUGACGGAAGAUGGAUUUCGCAAGAAGUUUAGAUCGUCAAAGCCGGACGGUAGUGAAACUUUUCUGCAAUUCUCUGUGAGAUUGGACAGUUACCUUGAACGAUGGAUUGAACUUUCAAAGACAACAAAAACAUAUGAAGGACUUAAGGAUUUAUUCUUAAGGGAACAAUUUAUAUUGUGUUGUUCGAAGGAGUUGGCUUUAUUCUUGAAAGAGAGAAUUCCUCCAAGCAUUCAGGAGAUGGCGCAUUACGCGGAUCAGUUUGCAGAGGCCAGAAACAUUACAUCUUCCUCCAUCACACAAAGAUCUUCAUUCGAUAGGAAACCUCAACCUGAUAAACAAUUUCAUUCCAUGGACAAAGUGGCUCAAACAAAAUCCAAUUCAGGAUUAAAGUGUUACAUAUGUGGGAAAGUCGGACAUAAAUCCUUUGACUGUGUUCAUCGGAAGUUUUCAUCUAACAAGGUAUCUAGUGCUACUGAAAAACAAGAGACUGUUCCAAAACAAUACCAGUUCAAUGAUCCGAAGAGUGGUACUUCCAGCAGCUUUCGUGGACGCAAUUUUGGAUACUCUGGACGUGGUAGAGGACGCCAAGAUACAUCUGCUGUGCACAGAGAGGAAACAUUACCUUGUGUUGGUGACUCAGUCGCAAUUAGUGAAAUGGUGAUGCCAGUGGUGAAAGGUUGUGUAGGCGACAAACUAGUAACUGUACUACGAGACACUGGAUGUAGUGGUGUUGUGAUAAGGAGAGACUUGGUAGAAAAGGACCAACUUACAGGCAAAACACAAAAGUGCAAGUUAGCUGAUGGAAGUGUGAUAGAAGCCGAGGUCGCAGCAGUUAAAGUAGAUACGCCGUACUUUACAGGAAAUGUUGACGCUUGGUGUUUUGAAUGUCCAUCAUAUGAUCUUAUUCUUGGAAAUAUUCAAGGAGUUAGGAAACCCCAUGAACCAAAUAUGGCAUGGAUUCAUUCAACAGGAGGCACAUCAGCAGUUGAAACUCGUGGUCAGCUAAAAAAGAAACAAUCGACAUACAAACCUUUGAAGGUACCAAGUGCCAUACAGGAUGUAUCACCCGAGGACUUACAAAAGGAACAAAGGGACGAUAAGACACUGAAGAAACUGAGGGAAACGGCGGAAAAGGGAACAGUGAAGCAAUUCAGUGAUGGAGGUUCUUCGAAAAUUUACUUCAGAAAACAACUGUUAUACAGAGAGUUCAGCAGUCCAAGAGUUUCUAAUGGAAAAGUUUUCCGACAACUCAUCAUACCAAAACAGUAUCGAGACAUGGUAAUGAAGCUGGCACAUGAAUCGAUAAUGGCAGGACAUCUGGGAGUGAGGAAAACAACAGACAGAAUCAUGGCAGAAUUUUAUUGGCCAGGGAUCCAAGCAGAUAUUAGGAGAUUCUGUAAAUCAUGUGAUGUGUGUCAAAGAACUAUAUCCAAAGGCAAAGUUCCUGCAGUACCCCUAGGACACAUGCCACUUAUCACAGUUCCGUUUCAACGAGUGGCAGUUGAUAUCGUAGGACCCCUCCAACCGAUUACUGAUAAGGGUAAUCGAUACAUUCUUACAGUGGUUGACUAUGCAACUCGAUAUCCGGAGGCGAUCGCACUUCCCGGAAUAGAAACUGAGCGUGUAGCAGAAGCACUGGUUGACAUCUUUAGUAGAGUGGGCGUUCCUACAGAGAUGCUAUCGGAUCAAGGGACUCAGUUUACAUCUGAUGUGAUGAAGGAAGUGAGUCGACUUUUGUCUUUCAAGCGAAUUACGACUACCCCAUACCAUCCAAUGUGCAAUGGGCUCGUGGAGAAGUUUAAUGGAACACUAAAACAGAUGCUCAAAAGGAUGUGCGCAGAAAGACCCAGGGACUGGGAUAAAUAUCUGAAUCCAUUACUGUUCGCAUAUCGUGAAGUACCGCAAGAGAGUCUUGGGUUUUCUCCAUUUGAUCUUUUGUAUGCACAUUCUGUUCGAGGACCAAUGAUGAUUCUGAAGGAGUUAUUAACCAAAGAGAUUCCAGACGAAGAAGUCAAAACUACAUAUCAGUAUGUACUUGAUUUAAGACAAAGACUGGAAGAAACGUGCAAGAUCGCCCAUGAACAUCUUGAGAAUGCAAGGACACGUCAGAGAAAAUAUUAUAACAGGAAGACAAGUAAUCGGCAGAUGAAAGAAGGAGAUAGAGUGUUAGUCCUCCUUCCAACGAAGUCAAACAAACUUCUCAUGCAGUGGAAGGGACCUUACAGUGUCAUACGAAAGAUGGGACCUAUGGACUAUACGGUUGAUCUGGGAGGCAAGUCGAAAACGUACCAUGCAAAUUUGCUGAAAAAGUAUGUCGAGAGAGAUGUACCGAAAGUGGAAGCUUUAUCAGCAUGUGCAGUUUCUCUGAUAGACUUUAGUGAUGAAGACAGCAAUGUAACACAGGAUUCUAUUUUGUUACCUUCAAGUGUUCAGACUGAAUCAGUGAAAGACAUUCAUUUUGCAGAACGCCUUACGUCAGAGCAGACACAAACUGUUAAGUCGUUGUGUGAACAAUUUAGUGAAGUUUUCACAGACAUUCCAGGAACUACAAACUUGGUGAAGCAUAAGAUAGAAUUGACGUCGAAGGAGCCAGUGAGAGUGAAACCGUAUCCUAUCCCCUUCAACACAGAAAAUGUCAUCAGAGAAGAAGUAGAGAAGAUGCUACAGAUGAAGGUCAUUGAACAUUCUUCUUCCCCAUAUUCAGCACCAGUUGUUAUUGCAAGGAAAAAAGAUGGGACAAACCGAUUUUGCAUUGACUUCCGAAAGCUUAACAGCGUCACAGUUUUCGAUGCGGAGCCAAUGCCUAAUCCAGACAGCAUAUUUUCCAAACUAACAGGAAAGAAGUUUAUUUCUAAAAUCGACCUGAGCAAAGGAUAUUGGCAGGUGCAAAUGGAAGAGGAUAGCAAACCAUUGACUGCAUUUUCUACACCCGCUGGAUUAUAUCAAUUCAGAAAGAUGCCAUUUGGGUUAGUAAACGCCCCAGCGACUUUCAGUAGACUGAUGCGCAAUCUUCUUCAUGGCAUGGAAAAUGUAGAGAAUUUCAUAGAUGACAUCAUGGUGUUUACUGAUACAUUUGCGGAACAUCUAAGCACGCUGAAGAUAUUGUUCACUCGACUGAGAGAUGCAGGCCUUACAGCAAGACCUACCAAAUGCUUAGCCGGAUUUUACAGGAAGUUUAUCCCUAACUUUUCAGCGAUAGCUAUACCAUUGUCUGACCUUACAAAAAAAGGUAAUCCUAAUAGAGUUCAAUGGACAGAAUGUCAACAGGGAGCGUUCGAUUCUUUAAAACAGUUGUUAUGCUCUAGACCUAUUCUGAAGCUACCUGACAUACAGAAACCUUUUAUUCUACGCACUGAUGCUGCAGACGAAGGAAUAGGCGCAGUCUUACUUCAGAUGGAAGGUGAUGAGAAAUUCCCCGUGGCAUACGCUAGCAGAAAACUACAGAAGAGGGAGAAGUCGUACGCAGUUAUUGAAAAGGAGUGUUUGGCAGUGGUCUGGGGAAUCCAGAAAUUUCAUCAGUAUUUGUAUGGAAAAGACUUUGUGCUAGAAACCGACCAUCAACCCUUGAUGUACCUGAACAGAGCAAAGACAGAAAAUUCGAGAUUGAUGCGUUGGGCAUUACAGUUACAACCAUACCAUUUCAGAAUCGUAGCAAUAAAGGGAAGUGAGAACGUGGGAGCAGACUAUCUAAGUCGGCAGUAG